AUGAAAAUUGGUGAUCAUAUUUUAGUUGAUGGAAAAUCUCCAGCAACAAUUUGUUAUAUUGGUUUAGUUGAUGGUCAUCCAGGACAAUGGAUUGGUAUUGAAUGGUGGCAUCAAGAAGGAAAACAUAAUGGAACCUAUAAUGACAAAUUUUAUUUUCAAACAAAACAUCAAUUAACAGGAUCAUUUAUCAGACAAGAAAGAAUACAAUAUGGAAAUUCAUUUACUCAAGCUAUUUGUAGACAAUAUGUUAAAUCAUUUUCAAAUGAAAAUAUUACAGAUGAUAUUAAUUAUUCAUUAUUCGGUAAACAAUAUUCUGAUUAUGUUGUUGAUUUAUCAUCAAUAAUUCGUAUAGAUUUAUCAUCUCAAUGGGUAAAUGAAUUUGAUAAUAAUGCUGAUAUAUAUAAUAAUCUUCGACAAAUAAAAGAAUUAAAUAUUCGUCAAAAUUUACUUAAAAAUUGGUCAGAAUUAUGGGUAAUAUUAGAAAAACAUUUUCCACAAUUAGAAAUUUUAAAUGUUAGUAAUUCUCGUAUGAAUUUUGAUAAAUCAUCAGCAUUAAAUAAAUAUAUUCAUAUAACACAAUUAGUUGUUAUUGAUACAGAUAAUGAUUGUGAUGUAUUUGAAAAUCUAUGUAAACAUUUUCCAAAUUUAAUAAAUAUUCAUCUUGAUUUAAAUCGAUUAAGUUUUAUAUCAGAAAAUUUUAUUAAUCAAAUACAAAAUUUAACAAAUUUAUCAUUAUCAGAUAAUCCAACAUUAAAAUCUUGGGAUCCAUAUGUAAAUCGAUUAGGAAAACUUAAAUAUCUUGAAGAAUUAAUUCUUAAUAAUUGUGGAAUUGAGGAAAUUAAAUUUCCUCAAGAAAAUCAAACAAUUGAAUUAUUUCCUUCAUUAAAAUAUCUUUAUAUGUCUGAUAAUAAUAUUUCAUCAUAUACAUCAAUAAAUGAAUUAACUUGUUUAUCAUCAUUAAUAUCAUUUAGUAUACUUCGAAAUCCAAUUUAUCCAUUGAAUCAAAUUGAAUGUGAAACAGCUAAACAAAUGAUACUUGCACGUUUACCAAAUUUAACACAUUUAAAUCGAGUUUUUAUUAGUCGAGAUGAAAGACGUGGAGCUGAAAUUGAUUAUUUACAACGUUAUGCUCAAGAAUAUUUCGAAAAUAAAUUAGAUUUUCUUAAUGAACAUAAACAAUAUAAAAAAUUAAUCGAAAAACAUGGAGAACCGUUAAAAUCAAAUCCCAAUGAGACAUCAAAAAAAGGUCUUAAUAUUCGUUCGAAGUUAUUAAAAGUUAUAUUUGAAUUAGGCGAUGAAAACGAACGAAAAAUUGAAAAGCAAAUUCCACCAUCCACGACAAUAGCAAAAUUAAAAACACUUGUUCGAAGAUUAUAUUCAUCACAAUUAACCAAUGAUAUACAAAUAAAUUUAUUUGUUCUUAUUGAUCAAAAUCAUAGAGAAUUAAUGUCAAAUGAUUAUCAAGAUAUUGAUUUUUAUUUAGGAAAUCAUUGUUUAAGUCAAACGAAUGAUCGACCAUCAAUUAUCAGAAUAGAAACUAUUACAUAA